CUGAUCAACUUCUCCACUUGAGCUGUGAGCAGUCUUAUGUGAAAUAGUGUCGGGAAAAGUACGUUGCGAAAUCUGUUCUCGAAAACGUGUGAGGAAUUUCCUUUUUUCUCGUCCGAGCGAGACCGAAGAGCGACAAGUACGCCAUCUUAAAGGUGUCUCUGUGUAGCACGAGUUCACCUACACACCUGGAUACCUGUGGAAGGUCAUCCAGAAAAGUCACGGCCCCCUUUGAAGUACCUCUUGUGAUCUACCUGUGCAGCUGCCAAGACUCCAGAUAUAAAGCAAAAUGAGGUGGGACGCCUUGGACGACGCUUUAAGUAGAGGGCCUUCCACGUCAACUCUGUCACCAUGUCUGGAAGAGGUCUCCGCAUAGCCCCGGCAUCAUGGUGGUGCUGUGUGGCCGCCUGGAGGUAGUGGUGGUGGAGGCGUUGGACCUCCCGAACCUUGAUCAGAACUUAUUGAGGCCCGAGGACAAGAGCGACCCUUACUGUGUGGUGGAAAUCCAGUCGGGAAGUGGCGGGUUACAUAAAGUCGGAAAAACUUUUACCAUAGACGACUGUCUCAAUCCCAAGUGGUAUUUCAAGUUAUCCUCUGAUGUGAACCAAGACGUGGCCGGACUUAGAUUUACAGUGAAAGACCGGGACUUGUUGUCGUCUGAUGUGAUAGGGACGUGUUUUUUACCUGUGCACACGUUCGUCAACAACAGUGCGCCGCAUCAUGCUGAACUGACUUUAGUGAAUCAGAAAGGGUUUGGAGCGGGUGUGUUAAAGGUUACGGCGUCAUUCCACGCGACUAGUCAGCCAGGUGUGACUAUCGGUGAUCGUGCGUACACGAAAGCCUCCGAAUUCAAAGAGCGCGUGUCGAGGAAAAUUCCCAAGUACGGAGAAUCUAUAAACUCAUUCGGCGACAUGGCUUUCUUACAUGGAAUUUUACAAUUGAAACUGGAAAGGGCGAAUAACCUGCCCAACCUCGACAGUUCCAUCCUCAGUCUAAGCAAGAAGGAUGUGUCUGAUCCAUUUGUUGUUGUGACCAUCGAGGACAUAGAUGGAGAGCCUUGGAAGAUUGCAACAACACAUGUUAUAGAUAAUAACCUCGACCCGAUCUGGGACGAAACCUUUCGUGUUGACAUCUGCCACGAUGUAGCGUCAAUUACCUUCACUGUGCGCGACAAAGAUUUCCUGUCAUCAGAGCAGAUUGGUUCCAUCUCCUUCCCUGUGAAUCUUGUGACCCAAGAAGAAGGUAUAAAUGGCACAUUCGACUUACUCAGAGAAAAUAAGAACAAGCGAGCUGGCACUCUUACACUGUCUAUGACUUAUUACCCUAAACAUGCUGUCCAAUCUACCUUUGAAGUGCCUGAUUGUCUGUUUCCCUUACGAGAGGAUAAUAACGUGAGAUUGUACCAGGAUACCCACUGUCCAUCUCUCCCCAUGCCUCUUCUCGAUGGAUCUGGUAAUGUGUACCAACCUCACAGUACAUGGAGAGAUAUUUACAGCACUAUCAUGGAAGCUACACAGUUCAUCUAUAUGGUUGGCUGGAGUAUUAGUGCUAAAAUCGCACUUCUCCGAGACGAGGGAGAUGAUAACCGCUGCCUCGGAGAGCUACUCAAGCAAAAGGCCUACGAAGGGGUGAGAGUGAGGUUGCUGCUGUGGGAUGAACUCACUUCUAACGACAUCAAAAAGAGUGGCGCCAUGAGCACCGAGGACGAGGAGACGGCCAACUUCUUCCGAGGUACCCCCGUUGUGGUGGUUUUGGCGCCACGCGACCGUCACUCGAAAGACAUGUUUUCUACCAAGAUGCAUUUCACAAUGCUGUGUUACACCCACCAUCAGAAGUGUGUGAUUGCUGAUGCACCCAUCGAAGAAUUGCCCGGUCAGAGAAAGGUGGUUGCAUACGUCGGGGGUCUAGAUUUAACAGGUGGGAGAUACGAUAGCCCAGAACAUCCUCUCUUCAGAACACUGACCAAGGAGCACAAGAAUGAUUUCCGGAACAGGGUCUUCCCAACGUUAACCAGUGCGAGCGGUCCGCGCCAGCCUUGGCACGACAUACAUAGUCGUGUAGAGGGACCGGCUGCUAUCGAUGUCCUCACUAACUUCCUUCAACGAUGGCAAAAACAAGCGACUGAACACCUCGAUGCUCUCGUUCCUUUACGCCAAAUGGACGGAAUAGCGGUAGAAUAUCGCUCCAGUGCACCAGACCGCUGGAACGUGCAAGUUUUCCGGUCCAUCAACUCGGACUCGGCCCAGUUUGACUGGACGUCUGGUAUUGGGCUCACCAAGAAGAAAGGAAGAGCCUUUGACAACAGUCUUCACCGGGCCUACAUUCACAAUAUUCGGCGAGCGCGCCGAUGCAUCUACAUUGAGAAUCAGUACUUCAUGGGAAGUAGUCACAUGUGGCCAGAAUGCAGAGACGCCAAAGCCGGCAAUCUCGUUCCACUGGAAAUUGCUACAAAGAUAGAAGACAAAAUCAAAGCAGGAGAACACUUCGUGGCUUACAUUAUUAUUCCCAUGAUUCCUGAGGGAAAACCAGCUGACAAGGUACCCCAGGAGAUUCUCCACUGGCAGUUACGUACAAUGCAGAUGAUGUACAGUCGUGUGGCAGCAGCUAUAAAGCAAGCAGGAAUUGAAGCCCAUCCUCAGGACUACUUACUUUUCCUUUGUCUCGGAAACAAAGAAGCCCCUGAAUGUGUCCCACCAGAAUUAGUACCUCCUGAAGACCCAGCUACAACACUGGCACAUGCAAACAGACGCCUUAUGAUUUAUGUCCACUCCAAGAUGGCUAUAUUUGAUGAUGAGUAUGUCAUUAUAGGAUCAGCUAACAUUAAUGAUCGAUCUUUGAGUGGUAACCGAGACACUGAAAUUGCUGUUGGAGCAUACCAACCAAUGCAUACAAGCACUGGCAAUCAGCUGGCCUUUGGAGAUGUGGCCAUAUUCCGUAGAGGUCUGUGGGCUGAACACAUGGGUUCAGCUGCACCAGUAGGAUUAGAUCCAGGAUCUGCAGAGUGUGCUCGCACAGUACGCCAGCUUGCCGAAGUGGCUCUCAGAGCCUACGUUGAACCAGGUGAUGCACCAACCCCACACCACCUGUUGAUGUAUCCACUUAAAGUGAACUUGGAUGGUACAGUUACUCCAAGACCAGAUUGUCCUACAUUCCCAGAUACUUGUGGAAGUGUAAUGGGUGCCAGAUCGAAGGUUUUCCCUAGCACACUAACCACAUAGAUCAGUAUGGUUAAUCCAAAUGGAAUUUUAAUCUAGUAGGAUUAAUCUAAAUGGAAUUUUAAUCUGUCCCUUUCUAAUCUAAUUGAUAGUGUACCAUAGUUUCAAGUUUGCUUCAUCUCUUUCUUGCUUUAGUGAUUUUUUUUUCAAGCACUGAAAUGAUGUUACUUUGGAUGUUUGAUUUUAUAACCCAGCCAUUUCUGAUAAAUAGUUGAGUUGAUUUCUUUAUAAAAAUAUGUCCAGAAUGAUUUAAUGGCAACUAUACCAGUUAAGAAUUGGUUUUUAAUUGAUCAAGGUGUGUCAUCAUCAAGUUAAUAAUGUUUAGGAAUAUUCAUUGUGUUUAAGCAGAGACAGCUAUUUUUCAUGGAUCAAAUAACUUAAAAGUUUUGCAUGUGUUUACUGAUGUGCAAACAGUAAUGCUUGUACGUAAUUCUAGUUGGGUUAGUAUAUCACCCAUCACUUCGAGGUCUACGAUGUUACAUACAUGUGUGUUGUUAAUCGGAUGGGACAAUUAAAAAUAUGGUUUUUAUUUUAAAAGAUAAAACAUUGCAUAUUGACAGUUGUGUCAGUUGUGUAUCAGUGACGUUCAUAAUGUCCAGUGACACUUAACAUGGUUAGUGACAAUUGUUUAAAUGAGCUUGCAUCAUUUUCAUCAUAAGAGAACUUAGUUCAUAGAACAGCCUCUGCGUCUCAUGCCUUUGCUGACUGUGAUUCAAAAUUGGCAUCCUUUUUAGUGUAGGACAGUGGCUCAAAUAGUACCAUGACAAGAUCAGAGAUUGUGCAAGAAUGCAAACCAACAGUAAUUAGACUGCUCUUUGCACUGCUAACUACUUAGGAUCAAGUAGUGGCUGGGCAUUUCCAACAUUGCUUUAAUUGUUGUGACAUGCAUUGAUUUUAAAACUUUUCUUGAAUGAUUUCUCUUUAACCCUGGCUUCAGCGUUCAUUGUGAUUACAUUUCCAGUGAUAACCUAAAAUAGCCUUAACAAAUAAUUAGUAGUAACAGUUUUGGCUAUCAGUGGAUCAACAAUGGCUGGGAAAGGUUGAGGAUUUUAACUAGCAAUUAUUUUAUGGUAAACACCUGUGCUUACUGCAGUCCCUUCCCAGUGCAGAUCCUGUGAUGAAAGGAAUAAUACUUUGUCUAACUGUUGGAAUGAUAAUUUUAUGUCGUUUACUGUCAUUCUAUAAACAAGUACACUGAAGUAAUUGCUUUUGCUGUCAACUUCCAGUAGUUCCACCCAAAACCCUUCACUGCAACACGGUUCAGUGUCCGACAUUUUUUAUUCUUGUUAAAAGCUUUUACUCUCCUGCCACUCUAGUUAGAGUUUAGGUGAAUUAAACACAGGUUGUAGCCUCACGCGCUACAAUCUGGUAAUACUAGUGACAAAUUAGUCCUUUCAUCUUAUUUUUAAAUAGGUUUAACUACUAAAUGAAAACAGUUUGUGCUCUCUCCAUUACUCCACAAGUAGCAGGCCAGGUUAUCAGGCAUUAAGUACUGCAACACUUGCACAGUAUUUUAAUUUACUCCACAUUUUUAUUUUAGUUUUUACUUUGUACUUUCUUUUUAGUUAAUUUAAUCUUUUAUAAACCAUUAGACAGGUAUCACGAAAGGUGAGCUGUUUCUGAUAAACUCAGAGUAAAGGAUUUUCCAUUUCCAAUGUGAUUUUACUGGAUACUAGAUGGAUUUUAUAAAAUAAAUGUUUAAAUGAAUAUUAGAUUAGAUUUCAAGCUGCAGUAGAAAAAUGUUCCUCAACAAAUCAGAUAUUUUUAAUCUUUGGUAUUCCACCGAAGAAAAAAUAGAGAAUAUGGUUGAUUGUUCAUCAGAGUAUAUAUAGAACUUACUGUCUUAAUUUUUCUUCAAUACAAUAUUUCAGUUAAACAUAUGAUAUCAUAUUCAGGAUUUCAUUCUUACUCACUUACUGGGACUUACCAUAGCACAAAUUUUAAUUUUCCUAAGUUUCACCUGUUUUAUUAUAACUGGCUUAAACAUUAGGUUUUAUAUCCUGUGUAAAAUUUAUUUUGAUCUUUGUGAACGAAGUAAAUUUAAAAAGAUUUAUGCAUAUUGCAUUAGAAAACGUAUUAAGGUGCACAAAAAUUGAUAAUUAUAAUAACUUAUAAAUUUUAUACCAGCAAUAUUGCAGUUUAGCAUUUUAAAUAUUUGCAACAACUUUGAACUUAGCUUUUUAGUAAUAUAAACUACUUUGGUAUUCUUAAUAAAUAAGCUCUUUUAAAUCUUGUAGUCAUAUUUUCUAGUUUUCAGCUACCCUGAACUCUCGAAGUUCAGUAUUUAAGAUUUAAAUUUUAUCAUAUGAAAAGUUUCAGGUCAUAACUUGUUUUGAACAUUGCUACUGAAAUGUCUUACCUAUAGUGAACUUUGCCAUUAAAAUAUUUUCUGCCCUAAAAUUAUUUAUAGAAUUCAAGCAGUCUCUAUACCUUAAAAACUUGGGUUUUUAUUCCUCAAAUGUUUUCAAGUAGUAACUGUAUUUUACAAUUUUGUGUAAUUAUUGCUUGAAAUUUUCCUUAGUACAUUUUAUUCUGUACAACGAUGAUUGUUAUUUUUUUUAUCUUAUGAUUAAUCUCUGUCUGUAGACACUUUUAUAACUUGAGGCUAUUAAUCAUGUGUAUAAUUAUUUUUUCUGGUUAAUUUCAAAGUAUAAAUUGUAAAAAUAACUCAACUUAACAAAUAUUUCUAAUUUAUGCUGUAAUAUGUAUUCAUUAAUUUAUGCUAGACUGAUUUAGAAUCUGUGUUCAUCUGUAUGUGGUACCAUUUUAUUAUACCAAACAAAUCAUUUCUCAUUUUUAUUGGCAGUGGAUUCACAAACAUUUUAAGAAAUUCUGGGAGUAUAUACAAGUGGUACAGUAUAUCACUCUACAGACUAUUUUUAUAUUUAUUGGCAAUGCCUUCUCAAGGGUUUAAGAAAAUAUUGUAAACGUUUAUACCCUAAUUCCGACUACUCUGUAUUCAUUACAUUAUUUUUAUUGGCAGUCCAUUCUCCCUGAUUUGUAACAUGGCAUAUCAUAAUUUAACAUAAAAAGAAAGUGCAUAAUCCUUAAUUGGCAAUGACUGAUUUCCAAUUUGUAUUAUUAACAUACAUUAUACUAAGUAUUAUGGGUGUGGUAUAUGACGGAAUUUUGAGAUGUUGGACAUGUAUCUUACAAACAUCAUUUUGUAUUGACCAUUUAGCUCCACAUUACUGUUUUUUUUCUCGUCUCAUAAUUCAAAAGGUUUGAUUAUUCCUUCCUUUACAGAGUUAAGAAUGGCCCUUAGUGGCCAAUUCAAGUUGCUGAAAUAUGUAGUUACCACAACAGUGAAGUAAUUGUAAAGACUGUAACGAAUUUUUUGGUGCUCGUCAUUAUUUGUGUUAUGAUGACCAUAAGAUCUCCACAUUACCUGACUAAAUUGUUUCGUCCAUAAACUCCAAGAACUUAUUCAGCAUAUCUCUUAAUACUGCUCUAUGUACUGUUGUUUAAAUUUUCUGGGAAUAAACUUGAAAAAUUAA